AUGAAAGUUGAACAUGUGGUUAAUAUUCCUUAUGUUGACGGCUUUGAUUUCGCUAAUGGUUUUGAUAUUGUUCAUGUUUUAGUUACUGAUUUGAUCGAUGAAAAUUCAGCAAAAAGAGAAGCCAAAGCACAUUCACUUGAUCAUCUUGUUAAAUAUCGAAACAUUCAAGUAACCCACUUGUUAAGUGGCUGGAAGGUAACAAGUCUUUCAAAUGCUAGAACAAACUUUGUUAUAUCAAAAGUUGUAACUCAACAUUACAAUUGGGAAGGCAUAUAUUUAGCGACCAGAAUUUUAGACAUGAAGAACUCUGAAAUUAUAAUUGAUGCUUUCAUUGCAAAAAUCAUGAAAUGA